AUGCAGCAGCGUCUCGCGCCCAACGACGGCGGCGCCGAGGGCGGGGCCGGGGCCGGGAAUCAGGCUGGAGAGUGGCCGCAGAGGCCGCCUGAGCGGCGCACGGGGACGAUACCGAGGGCCACCAAUGUGGUCGUGUCGACGCUGCGGCCGGGCACCGUGGGGCGCCUCGUGGGCGUGCUGGGGCCCAGGCUGACGAGCAAGAUUGUCAACCUCCUGGGCAUGGAGACGACGGCCGACACUGCGGCUGAGCUGGGGCCGUCCAAGACGCGCCCUCUUGUGGAGGGGCUGUCGGCCCAGAAGACCGCGGGGCUGGCCGGGCGCCUCGGCGGCGACGGCACCGCCCAGCUGGUGACUGACAUGGGGCCCGGGGUGACGGCGGACACGGUCAAGGGCCUGGAGGCGCCCCUUACUGCAGACAUUGUUAAGAACCUUGGCCCAGACACUGUCGAGGAGAUUGUGAGGGGCCUGGGGCCAGAGUUCACUGGUGAUUUGGUCAGGGAGUUUGGCCCCAGCUUCACGGCAGACCUGGUGGAGGCGUUCGGUGUGCAGACAACCCGCAUCCUGGUGUCCCACUUUGGCCCCGAGCUGACUGGCGCCCUGGUGGCUGACUUUGGGCCUGACCUGACAGCUGACAUCGUUAAGAGCAUGGGCCCCAAGCUGACAGGCGACCUGGUGGUGGCGUUUGACGGCCCCUUCACGGCGCAGCUGGUCUCUGCUUUCGGCGCGCCGCUCACAGCCGACAUCGUGGCGAGCCUGGGGGGCCCGGCCACCGCGCACCUGGUGGCCACAAUGGGGUCGCCACUGACGCGGCGCAUUGUCGCGUCAAUGGGCCCGCAGCUGACGGCCGACCUGGUGCAGCACAUGGGCCCCAAGCUGACAUCGUCCAUUGUGCACUCCCUGCGCAUCCCCGGCACCGGCGAGCUGGUCGGCACGUUUGGGGGCCCUCUGACUGGCGACCUGGUGAUGGCGUUUGGGCCGGAGCUCACUGCAGAGAUCGUGAAUGCCCUGGGGCCAGAGUUCACGGGCGCGCUGGUGCGCGCGCUGGGCCCAGGCUUCGUGGCUGAGCUGGUUAUGAGGAUGGGCCUCGUGCUCAACAUUGCUCUGGUCUCUCGGCUCGGCCCCGCCAUACUUGCCGGCCUGCUGGUGGCGAUGGGGGCGCAGUUUGUGCUGGGCCUCUCGGUGGAGAUGACGGUGCUCAUCCUGGCCGCCAUUUAUGGCGUGGUCGUCGGCCGCCGCCACAGCCAGGUGGCGGCUCCGGACCGCGGACAGGUCAGCGGCGGCGCGGACGUCAACGGGGGCGGCGAGGUGGUCAGCGAAGCUGAUCUGGACGCGCGGCUGAAGGCUGCGUGA